GAUUGCUUUUCGAUCCUCGAGAGUCUUUUCUUUUCUUUUUGCCAUUUUAUUUUCUAUAUAAUACCCCAUUGGCCUGUUUCCUUUUACGAUUGUUAUUAUCUUUACGUGACCUCGUUGUUGUCGUUGCUUUGCGAUCAUGGAAUCCAGCUCCUCCAGCGAAGACCUGGACAACCGCGACCUGGAGCGCAAUGAGGGCCAUGAUUUCCUCAUGAACAAUACCGUUCAGACCUUCUCCUGGAAUGAUCUCACAGUCACCGUUAAAGAUCGUCGGACCAAGCAGCCGCGCAAUCUUAUCGAGGGUAUCAAUGGCACCGUGCAACAAGGUGAACUCGUCGCUUUAAUGGGCCCCUCAGGUUGUGGGAAAACAACCCUCCUCAAUGUCCUCGCCCGCCGCGCUGCCUCAUCCGGGGCCAAGACGUCGGGUUGCUGCUAUAUAAACGGAGGCGAAAUCGACAAUGCGAAAUUCGGACGAAUCACCUCGUAUGUCGAGCAAGAGGAUGCACUGAUCGGGUCGCUGACGGUGCAAGAGACGUUGAAGUUUGCGGCGGAUCUCUCACUACCCAGCUUCGUAACCAAGUCGCAACGCACAGAGCGAAUCAAAACACUGCUGGACGCUUUUGGUAUCCAGAACCAAGCAUCCACCCUCGUUGGCACCCCGAUCCGCAAGGGAAUUAGUGGAGGCCAAAAGAGACGGGUCAGCGUCGCCAGUCAGCUCAUCACCUGUCCCAAGAUCUUGUUUUUGGACGAGCCUACGAGUGGACUCGACUCGACAGCGAGCUAUGAGGUUAUCUCGUACGUGAAGAAGUUGGCGCAAGCCAAUAAGCUUAUUAUUAUAGCUAGCAUCCACCAGCCAUCUACUGCGACCUUCCAGCUUUUCGAUAAGCUGCUGCUUCUUUCCGGGGGGGAAACAUGCUAUUUUGGAGCUGUCAAAACCGCCCCCGAAUAUUUCGACAGGAUUGGAUAUCCUAUUCCCUCCCAGACGAAUCCUGCCGAGUACAUGCUCGAUAUCAUCAGCUCGGAUUUCGUGGCCAACGCAGAAGUUGCGCAAGAUCAAGUGGGAAAAAUCCAAUCUUCAUGGGUUCAGUCUAGGGAGCAAACUGCACUGCGGAGCCAGUUGGCAGACCGCGAGCUUUUGGAAAAGAAGGACCAGAAGGUUGCAGUGGAUGAAGGUAGCCAUCCUGGUCUGCUCAGUAUUACGUCCUCGCUGCUGCACCGCUCAUUUAUCAAGAGUUAUCGCGAUGUUGUGGCAUACGGUAUCCGUAUAGUCAUGUAUAUGGGCCUGGCAAUCAUGAUGGGAACUGUGUGGCUGCGCCUCAAGACCGAACAGGAAUACAUCCAGCCCUUCAUCAACGCAAUCUUCUUCGGAUCGGCCUUUAUGAGCUUCAUGGCCGUCGCGUACGUCCCAGCCUUCCUCGAAGACCGCGCCACGUUCGCCAAAGAACGAGCCAAUGGCUUAUAUGGCUCUCUCCCAUUCAUCAUAUCCAACUUUAUAAUCGGUCUUCCGUUCCUCUUUUUAAUUUCCAUCCUCUUCUCGAUCGUCUCGUACUGGCUCUCCAACUUCCGCCCCAACGCAGAGGCCUUCUUCACCUGGGUCAUGUGGCUCUUCCUAGACCUCGUGGCCGCCGAGUCCCUGGUCGUCUUCGUCACCUCCAUCUUCCCGAACUUCGUCAUUGCCCUGGCCCUCGUCGCAUUCGCAAACGGGCUCUGGAUGAGCGUGGGCGGGUUCCUCGUCUCCCCUACUAUCCUGAACCCGUUCUGGAAAUAUGUCUUCCACUAUAUUGAUUACCAGGCAUACGUCUUCCAAGGAAUGAUGGUGAACGAAUUCGCCUCCCGCAACUAUACCUGCGCCCCUGGCUGCAACUGCAUGUACCAAACCGACCUUGCAUCCCAGUGCCAGAUCCGCGGCACGGGCGUUCUAGAAGCUUACGGCUACGCGACCGGCCGCACCGGGAAAUGGGCCGGUAUUUUGGUUGGGAUCAUUGCCGUGUAUAGGCUUUUGGGGUAUAUUGCGCUUGUUCUACGGAGGUCUUGAUCCCUUCUUCUUUUUUUUUUUUUUCCCCGUUUUUGGGGGUGUCUGUUGUCG